AUGGGCUUCACUGGUACGAAAAGUAACAAGGCACCAGCCUUGUUUGAAAUCAGAAUCAAAUCUGCAGAACACGAUGUUAUAGUCGUAAAGGGGGCUCCACAUGAGGCGUCUUCCGUUCUUCUUUCAGGAACAGUAGUACUUUCAGUGGCUGAACCGAUGCAAAUAAAGAAAUUGACGCUAAGGAUGUAUGGUAUAUUACGGCUAAAUCUGACAACCACAUAUCGGGGGCCCAAAGGUCCCACGGAAAGGAGCUUCAAGUACGACAAGAGGUUUUUCGAGCAUGUUUGGGACAACAUCAAUAUCCAAGACUAUUUUCACAAUCUUUAUGACAAUUAUGGCUCUCAGCGGUCCAUAGCGAGCAAAACAGGCUCGUUCAGCAACCUGCAAAGCCUUCACAAUAAAGCAAAAUCAACAACCUCCCUCAUGUCCUUGGGGUCAGGCUCCAGUGGUAAUAGUCAUCUUUUAGUGAAAGGAAAUUAUGAGUUCCCUUUUAGUGCUAUUCUUCCCGGCACUUUGACCGAAAGCGUGGAAGGUUUGCCCAACGCCUCAGUUAUUUACAAAAUUCAAGCUACUAUCGAGAGAGGUAAGUUUGCCACAGAUUUGAUUUGCAAGAAACAUUUAAGAAUCAUACGGACUCUGACACCAGACGCCGUCGAGAUCAGCGAAACAAUGUCAGUAGACAAUACAUGGCCCAACAAAGUAGACUAUUCCAUAUCUGUUCCCGCGAAGGCUAUUGCAAUUGGUUCUUCAACUACUGUCCACAUUCUAAUGGUGCCUCUACUCAAAGGCUUGAAGUUGGGGCCUAUAAAAAUAAACCUUGUUGAGUAUUCGUCGUAUUGCGCACCUUACGGAGCCGGAAGCAGUCAAGAGCGCGUUGUAUGCAAGGUCAAGAUUUCUGAUCCCUUGAAUCACUCGAAUGCAGAAGAUCCAGAUGCCGAUGUACCUACCUUCCAGGAUAAGUGGGAAGUGGAUACACCAUUUACCGUGCCUCCAAGUCUGUCCAAGUGUACACAGGACUGCAGCAUUCUAUCAAACAUCAAAGUGCGUCAUAAACUAAAGUUCGUCAUUUCACUUGUCAACCCAGAUGGACAUGUCUCUGAACUUCGUGCUUCCUUACCAAUCCAGCUCUUCAUAUCCCCAUUUGUAGCGCUGGGUGUAAAGUGUACCGAUUCUUUAGACAGCAGCGCUAAUGUAUCUGCCAACAGUACUGACGCAGAAGGGGAUGAUGACGAUGAUAUGAUUUUUGCGAACACUGUAUCCGAACUAGAUCUAGCUGCCCUCAAUCCAGAACGGAAUCAAAGCAGUUCCUCAAAUCUAACUUCGGCCCUCAUGGCACCUCCUAACUACGAGAGUCACAUAUAUGAUAGGCUCUGGAGCGGAAUAUCUGUAGAGAACACACCAACGCACUCUGGAAGGCAGUCUCCAAUCGGUACUGAGGAGGGCUCAUAUCUUAAUAGUCAGCACGAGGUGAAUGCUCUGCAACAGGGUCUCCAGAAGCUACACGUUGAGCAAGAGGCUCCAAACAUUGGUGAUGAUCAUAAUUCUGACGAGAAUAUUCAAGGUGAACUACCCACGACACCAGAUCCCAGCUCCCUAUUAGAGUUGGGAUCCAGAGGUUCAGGACCAACUGAUUACUUCACAGCCCCCGUGCCGCGUCAUGUUCAGAGCAUGUUCGCUAUGAAUAAUUCGGGGCUGAGGUCACCAGCGCCCAUGAUGUCUCCAGGACUGGAUCAUAUUUCUCGGGCAAAUUCUUUCGGCCCGUUUGGACCAACUGUCAAAUCUGAUUGGAAGGUAAAUACCUUAAGCAGAGUCCCAUCUUAUGACAACGCCAUGAAGGGCGACUCGCUUCCUGUUGACUUGCCACCAGCUUACCCGAAGGAAGACAACGAAGGCUUAACUCUAGGUUUAGAAAGGCCGAAGCUGGCGCACCAGAAGUCUUCAGAUAUGCAUAGAAAUAAUAGCGGCACACAACUUUCGCAUGCAGCACUGUCAAGAAGCAACAACAGCUCCUCAACUUCUUUGCCUAAAUUCUCACUCUCCAGAAGCAACACUGGCGGCUCGAAUAUCUCUACCAAUACUUCCUCGGGCGGAGGAAGCAAAAGCGGGACAGCAUCGAAGCAUUUUAGUUUUAAUAUGACACCUUUGGGUGGCAAGAGAGAGCAAAGACAAGACCAAUCCCACGCACAAUUCUCACUUCACGAUGGGGAAGCGUCUGGCGGAUCCCCUUCGAUCAGUAGAAACGGGUCUUUAAUGAACCUCAAAGGUCUUCUACAUAGAAAGGAACAGAAGUAA